AUGAUGAACCUGACGCUGUAUACGACGCGGGCGGUGCUCCUUCUCGAUUCGGAAGGGAACCGGGUCCUCGCGAAAUACUACCAGCCCCCCCAGGAGAACGGGAGCGAUGCGCCGCCUCCCGUGCCGACCCCCGGCCUUGGGGCGCUGACGGCCAAGAACCCCUACCAGACGGCCAAGGAGCAGCGUGCGCUGGAGCACGCGGUGUGGGACAAGGCGCGCCGUGCGUCUGGCGAUUUGUUCCAGUACGACGGCAACCUUGUGCUAUUCAAGUCGACCUACGACGUGUUCCUCGUGGUGAUUGCGCCCGAGCGCGAGAACGAGCUGAUGAUGCACAGUUUUCUUACGUCGCUCUACGAAACGUUGUCUGUCCUUCUACAGAGCCAGAUCGAUAAGCGGACGAUCCUCGACAACCUCGAUUUGGUCACGCUCGCGAUUGACGAGAGCGUCGACGACGGCGUCAUUCUCGAGACCGACAGCGCCGCGGUCGCGAACCGCGUGACGCGUCCUCGCCCCGACGCGAUCGAGGUGCAAAUCACCGAGCAGACCCUGCUCAAUGCCUACUCCAACUUCCGCGACCGCAUAGGCCAGCGCCUCUCGGGCUUGUAG